CUUUCCUCAAUUCCUUCAUCAUCAUCAUUCACGCCACCUCUGGACCAUUCGCGUCAAUUGGACGGACUGCCUUGUCAAUCAACUAUCGAUGGCUGAAGAACCUGUCGGUACUGGACCUGAACCUCCCGAUAUACGACCGUCAGGUCGUCCAUCAAUCCCACAUUAUAUCACACAUUCCAGCGAUGAGCACGCUCGAUUCAAGGAUCUAAAUACUCCAAACAUUACCAUCGGACAUGGGCGAAAUUGGACGUCUGUCAUACAACGUCUCACCCAAGUCUUCACUUUCGCGCCUCUCAUCCUUGGAUUGGUGCUGUGCUUGCUACCACUCGCAAGCGCUCAACAUGUCGCUCUUGAAGACCCAUACACCUCUGCCCCACCGGUGUACGACCUGUCGUCGGUCAGACAUGCCAAAACUACACCCCUCUUAUCCUCCUUGAAGUGGAUAUUCAAUCAUAUCCUCUCCCUCGGCACAUAUUUUACCGGCUACGAUCUGCAUAGCGCAACUGAACGCGCUUGUGAACAUGUCGGCCACGCUCUGCUGAAUACGAUUUCUAUCGUCCUGGGGUACGGCCCUGCUGAAUCACUUCCCCCACAUGGUCUCACAAAGAGGACUAAACCGGAAAUCAUCGUCGAAGCAGUCAUGAUCCCAGUGUUGGUAGCUCUCAGUGGAAUGUUUGCAGGUAAGCUCAGCUAUUCAGAUGUCGGAGAUCCCGCUAACAUUCAUUGUAGGAUUGACGUGAGACAUAUGCCCUCUAAUCUGAAGGAUAAUUUGCUGACGCUUCUUAGGCUUGGGUAAGCCUUGAUCUUAGCCCCUAAUUCGUGCCGUUGUCGACAUCUUACGGCGCGACAUACAUCAUGAUUCCGUUUAAUGUAUCGCUGAGACAAACUCUCAGGUACUUCUCCGUCGACCAGACCCAACUUCAAGUCCUCAGCAUUAGUGGAACAAAGAAGCAACAGGAGCACGCUAGGAAGAUUAUUCCGGUCCGGUGCGUCCU